AUGACUCGUGGAUAUGCCGCGCUACACAAGAAGAUUACUCAUGUCGUGAACUGGUGCGGAAACCCGCGGCUCAUAGUUGGACAAGUCCCGUCCCGGCGCCGGACACAAGCCCCAGGCUGGACUUUGGGUGGCUACCUUAACUCAAUGAACUACGGACCAGGAGGUCAAUCUCUGAUUCAGGUGGGGGGACAGGAGGAACUGAAAGUCGACCGGGCUGGACUGGAGAUCGCUGCAGCUGCGGUGAAGGGUAUAUAUCUGGCCACGAACAUCCUUUUGAUGGAACCCUCCGCGGUGGAGUAG